AUGACUGGGAGAGCAAGAGCAAGGUCUCGGGCGAGGGGGCGAGCUCGUGGUCAAGAAACAACACUCUCUACAGUGGGACCAGCUCCUGUUUCUGCGCCUGGAUACAGCUCAAUAACUCCCCAGAUUCCGCCAGUGCUGCAAGCUGAAGCAGGAGAUGGAGCUAAGGCUAGAUAUGGCCAACAAAUGGGACCCCCGGUUUUGAAAUCGAAAUCGGAAGAACUUAAGAUUUCAGCAGGCUUUCAAGAAAUGAGUUUGGGAGAACGAGGUGGACGCCGCAGAGACUACCAUGAUCUUGGUGUAAACACCCGUCACUUAAUGGAACAUGUCAGAGAAUCCAAAACAGGUGUAUCGGGGAAUUUAAUCAGAUUGAGCACCAACCACUUCCGGCUGUCGUCUCGCCCGCAGUGGGCUUUGUACCAGUACCACAUUGACUACAACCCACAGAUGGAAGCCCGCCGUCUUCGGGCAGCCUUGCUAUUCCAACACGAGAACUUGAUUGGCAAGACACAUGCUUUCGAUGGGUCCAUUUUGUUCUUACCAAAGAAGUUGGAAAACAAGGUUACGGAGGUGUUAAGCCAGACACGGCAGGGAGAGACUGUGAAGAUCACCAUCACUUUAACCAAUGAACUUCCAUCGACUUCGCCAACAUGCCUACAGUUCUACAACAUUAUUUUUAGAAGAUUGUUGAAAAUAAUGAACUUGCAGCAGAUUGGGCGUAAUUACUACAACCCAAGUGACCCGAUCAAUAUUCCUAAGCACAGGCUGAUGAUUUGGCCUGGCUUCACCACAUCCAUUCUGCAGUACGAGACCAGCAUCAUGCUUUGCACAGAUGUGAGCCACAAGGUCCUCCGAAGCGAGACCGUCCUGGAUUUUAUGUACACCUUGUAUGAUCAAGUUGGAGAACAGCAGUUCCGAGAAUUAUGCACAAAGGAACUCAUUGGUGUGAUUGUCCUUACCCGGUAUAACAACAAAACGUACCGGGUAGACGAUAUUGAUUGGGAAUCAAGUCCUAAAAAUUCCUUCAAAAAAUCUGAUGGAACCGAGAUCAGCUUUGUGGAUUACUACAAGAUGCAAUACACCCAAGAAAUCACCGACUUGAACCAACCCGUUUUGAUUAGCCAGCCAAAGAGGACGCGAGGCCCUUCAGGUGCCUUGGCAGGACCAGUAAUACUCAUCCCUGAACUCUGCUAUCUUACAGGCCUGACUAAUAAGAUGCGAAGUGAUUUUAACGUAAUGAAAGAUCUGUCUGUUCACACAAGGCUUGCGCCCGAACAAAGAAUGCGUGAAGUUGGACGACUUAUCAAUUACAUUAAUAAAGAUGACAACGUUCAGAAAGAGCUACGCGAUUGGGGGCUAAGCUUUGAAUCCAAACUGCUUUCCUUUUCGGGGCGAGUGGUCCAAUCUGAAAAAAUUCGUCAGGGAGGGAAAGCGUUUGACUACAACCCGCACCUUGCAGACUGGUCCAGGGAAACAAGGGGUGCUCCCCUCACCAGUGUAAAACCUCUGGAAAACUGGCUGCUGAUCUACACCCGCCGGAAUUACGACGCCGCUAAUAUUCUGGUCCAAAACCUUUUCAAAGUCACCCCCGCAAUGGGCAUAAGAAUGAACAAAGCCAUCAUGGUUGAAGUUGAUGACAGAACAGAGGCGUACCUGAGAACCUUAAAGCAGAAGAUUACCUCCGAAACUCAGAUGGUGGUGUGUGUCCUGUCCAGUAACCGUAAAGACAAAUACGACGCAAUCAAGAAAUACUUGUGUACUGAUUGUCCCACACCCAGCCAGUGUGUUCUGGCUCGCACCUUGAGCAAGCAGCAAACUAUCAUGGCCAUAGCCACCAAAAUCGCCUUACAGAUGAACUGUAAAAUGGGGGGAGAACUCUGGAGCGUUGAAAUCCCAAUGAAGCAGCUCAUGAUUGUGGGCAUCGACUGUUACCACGACAUUUCGGCUGGACGGCGAUCAGUGGCGGCGUUUGUUGCAAGCUUGAAUCAUGGAAUGACCCGUUGGUAUUCACGCUGUGUGCUUCAAGAUCGUGGGCAAGAAAUUGUGGAUGGACUCAAAGUGUGCCUACAAGCGGCACUCAGGACUUGGUAUUCCUACAACGAACACAUGCCUACCCGUAUCAUCGUGUAUCGCGAUGGUGUUGGUGACGGUCAGUUAAAAACCUUGGUGAGCUAUGAAAUCCCACAAUUGUUGGAGUGCUUGAAAACAGUUGGAUCUGACUAUCGCCCCAAACUGACAGUGAUCGUGGUAAAGAAACGUGUGAACAGCAGAUUCUUUGCUGAAAUUGAAGGAAAGCUACAGAAUCCACCACCUGGCACAGUUAUUGACUUAGAAGUUACCAGACCAGAGUGGUACGAUUUCUUCAUUGUGAGUCAGUCCGUGAAAAGCGGCACAGUCGCACCCACCCAUUACAACGUAAUCUAUGACAGCAGCGCGCUGAAGCCUGACUACAUGCAGAGGCUAACAUAUAAGCUGUGUCACAUGUACUACAAUUGGCCGGGAGUCAUUCGGGUGCCUGCUCCCUGCCAGUAUGCCCAUAAACUGGCUUUCCUCGUAGGGCAAAGUAUCCACAGAGAGCCAAAUUUAACCCUUUCGGAGAAACUUUAUUAUCUGUGA